AUGGGCGCCUCGCAAAGCCGCCCUGCUCCCGACGCUUGCACAGCUUCGCCCUUGACUCCUCCGCCGCCGCCUUUUCCGCCGCCGCCCUCGCCAUCGCUCUUGGGUCUCCCGGCGGAGCUGCUCGUCUGCAUCUGCACACGGCUCGAUAUCGAGGCGCUCUCGUCGCUCGCGUCGACGAGCCAGGAGCUUAGAGAUACGAUCCCGGACUCCCUGUGGCAGACACACCUCGACCGGCUGGCAAGGGCGGGUGGCGUGGCCGAGGAGGACGUCGCAGCCGCCGGCCGGCGCAUCACCAACUCGAUACAGCGGCAGGCGGCCAUCCAGGCGGCCGCCGAGGCGGCGGAGGCGGCCGCCUUCAAAUCUGCUCUCACCUCCCUCCUCGCCAGCUCGGACUCGUGCCGGCUGAGGGUCGGUCUCGUCCGGUCGAUGGCGAUGCCGAGCGGCGCAAUCUACUUCACCUGCAUCAAGCGAGGGGUGUGCCGGACGCUCGUCUUCUCGAGCGACUUGCACGGCGGGUCGCUGGCGACCAUGCUGCGCCGCGCCGCCGCCAGCGGCACGGCCGCGAGCGCGCUGGUUGUCACUCUCCGCGAGAGCGAGGGCGAAGGCGAGGAGGAGGAGGGGAGCGGCGGCGCGGGCGGGGCGGGCGGCGGCGAGGAGGCGCCGCCGAGGAGCAUCCUCUCGCCCCUCGCCCUCCGCGACAUCAGCCGGCAGGCGCGCAGGCACGUCCCUGGCCGCCCUCCCCCCUUCACGAUCGGCGCCUUCUGCCCGACUCCGUGGCCGCGCACGCCCAACCAGCGCAGCGCUAGCUUUGGCGACGCGUCUUCCUUCCUCUUCUCCCUCACGCCGCGCGCACGGGUCUACCCCGCCGCCAGCCGGUCGGCGGGCUGCUUCCGCGUCAGCGGCGAGAGCGGCAUCGGCAUAGGCGGCGACGCCAUUCUGAGAACAACAACAGGCUGA